AUGCCAUCAAUGUUCAUACUUGUGAAGGACAUUAAACCUCAACACCAACUCAGGGCAGUUCGUGUUAGAGCAGUCAGAGUAUUCGAAGUGCCAGAGAAACGGGGAGAGGGUAACAGCAGUAAGAGUAUGGAAGUACUAAUGCAUGAUGAAGAGGGAAGCUAUAUUCAUGCUAGCAUUCUAAAAAAUCAUGUGGUGAAAUAUAGAGAGAUAUUCAAGGAAGGAAAACUGUAUGAAAUUAAGAAUUUCAUUGCUGCGACAAAUUAUUAUGUGUACAAGAUUACACAGCAUGAAUAUAUGCUGAAAUUGAACUACAAGACAGAAGUGAAGGAGAUAAACUCUUUAGGAUUUCCUUUUAAAAUGUUUCGAUUAAAGAGUUUCAGUUCUUUAAAAGAGACUGCAGAUGUGAACGACAAGGAACUUAUUGAUGUUAUUGGUCGAGUAAUUGAGAUCUAUAAUCCUGUGGAUAAAAUUAUAGGUGGAAAGGCAACGAAACUGAUUGACUUUCAGAUUGAGGAUAAUCUUGAGAACACACUGUCAUGUACUCUAUGGAAUGAACAUGUUGCAUCACUCAUGCCGUAUUACAAUUGUGAUUCAAUCGAACCACUUAUUGUUGUGAUUCAGUGCUGUCGUGCUAAGUUGGUGAGCAUGAAAUCUGAAAGAACUCCCAUGAAAAGUUUGAGUACGGGGACUCUGCACUCACAGGAUGCUGGCAUUAGUGACUUUAAAAGUGGUGGACUCAUUGUGACUACCUGCUACGACCUUAAGAGGACACAAGUGGAUGGGGAAUACUAUGUUGCUACUGAAAUCUUGGGUUUAGAUCUUGAUGAUGGGUGGUAUAAGGUGGUCAUCAUUGCUUUAGACAAGAGUGGAGAUGCUCCACUCUUGCUUUGGGACAGAGAAGUUGCUGAGCUGGUUGGAAUUCCUGCAUGCUUAUUGUAUCAGAAAUACAAGGAGACUGAUGUUGAAGUCCCCCCGAGUUGGAUGCUAUUGUGGGAAUGA